GCGAUUCCUAUUCGAUCCCCCUCCCGUGCCUCGCUCGUCUUAUCCCCUCCCAUGUUUCCUCUUAUCCCCCUCUCCCGACGACUUCUCUGUUCUUCCUCCCUCUCCCCGACGACUGAGUUCGAUCCCCAGGGGAAUCAGGCGAAUCCGCAGCGGUGACGAACCCUAAUCCGACGACUGGCGCAUCGACGGCUCGCAUCGGCGGCAUUUUCGCACAAGAAGGAGAUGGGGUUGGCCAAGUUGAAGAACCAGAAGGGGAGGAACCAACUGAAUAGCCCCCACGAGGUCUCCGAAAUGACUUAGGUGCCCGAGUGUUCCCUAGGAAGUUAUGCAAGCCUACAUAUAUUACCAGACUGUCUUUCAAGCGUUUCAACAAAACUAUCAAGAAGUUUAGUGACAUUCAAUUAGGCCAUGUGAGAAAGUACAAAAUGGAAGCCCUGCUUCAUAUGCCAUACAAAUUUAAUAUCCCAGUGAAUCUGCUUGAAUGGAUAGAUCGGCAUAUGUUUGGAAGUAUAGAGCCAUGUUUCAAGCAUAAGAACAAAGUUAUCAAGAUUACUAAAGAUAUGGUCGACAAUUUUUUUGAUUUCCCUGGUGGCACAGUGCCUUUUGUAUUCAAUAGUGACGAUCCCCAAGUGAAGGCAGAGGUUACAGAGUUAAGGAGCAAGUAUCUUGAUCAUCGGAACAAAAUGCCAAUCAACAAAAUAAAGGAGGUGAUGCUUAGUGACGAGUCAGAAGAUGGUUUUAUCAGGAGCUUCACAUUUUAUUUCCUAUCAUCUAUUUUGUGCCCUACGUCAUACUGCUUUGGUAACACCAAGUUCUUGUACUCUCUAAGAGAUGUUUCUGCUAUCCCUUCACUUGACUUUGGAAAUUGGCAUUGGAUUUCAUGCGUGAGGAGUCAGAGAGUCACUUUGAAAUGAUCAUGAACAGACCAAGUGUUGAGGAAAUGAACAAGGCUUCAUAUAUUGGGGGAUGUCUUCCUAUUUGGGGAGUCAACAAUGCCAAUAGUGUUCCUGAAGCUCUCAAUGAGGACACGUCAAUUGAUUCAAAAAGUCCACGUAUCAUUUCAGAAGGUCCCUGUUGCACUGCAAAAGUUGAACAAAACGUAAAAGUGAAACAAGAGCCACAUUUGAAACCAGAGGUUCCCUCCCAAGAUGUCGUUAAGCAGGAGCCAAUCGGACCGAAAUUUGAGAACAUUUCUGUCCUGAAUUCUGUGUACCAAACACCAAUUUUUCCUGUUCAUGGUACAUCUCUGAAUACCAACUCUGUUGAGCAAGCAACUACUUCACAACCUAAGGUCUGCUUGAAGUGUUUCAAUUUUUUUCCCAAUCCUAAUUUUGAUUGA